CACUAUAAAAGGGGGUUGCUCUUGUCCCUUUUACCUUGUGUUCGUCUUCUUUCUCUUUCUUUGAAAAAAAAGGGUGAGGGUUCCUUCUCUCUACAGCUUUCAAGAUGCAGAUCUUUGUUAAGACACUCACUGGAAAGACUAUCACUCUCGAAGUUGAGAGCUCUGACACCAUUGAUAAUGUAAAGGCUAAAAUCCAAGACAAGGAGGGAAUCCCCCCAGACCAGCAGAGGUUGAUCUUCGCUGGGAAACAGCUCGAGGAUGGUCGGACGUUGGCUGAUUACAACAUCCAGAAGGAGUCCACCCUCCACCUUGUUCUCCGUCUGAGGGGUGGAAUGCAAAUCUUUGUCAAGACUCUAACCGGAAAAACAAUCACUCUUGAAGUUGAGAGCUCUGAUACGAUUGAUAACGUCAAGGCAAAAAUUCAGGAUAAGGAGGGCAUUCCCCCAGACCAGCAAAGGCUAAUUUUUGCCGGAAAGCAGCUCGAGGAUGGUCGUACUUUGGCUGAUUACAACAUCCAGAAGGAGUCUACCUUGCAUCUGGUCCUCCGUCUUCGUGGGGGUAUGCAGAUCUUUGUCAAGACGUUGACUGGCAAGACUAUCACUCUCGAGGUUGAGAGCUCUGAUACAAUUGACAAUGUAAAGGCAAAGAUCCAGGACAAAGAAGGGAUUCCACCUGACCAGCAGAGGCUCAUCUUUGCCGGAAAGCAGCUUGAGGAUGGUCGGACCCUUGCAGAUUACAACAUCCAGAAGGAAUCCACCCUCCAUUUGGUACUUCGACUUCGUGGGGGGAUGCAGAUCUUCGUCAAGACUCUGACUGGAAAGACCAUCACUCUCGAGGUUGAGAGCUCUGAUACAAUUGACAAUGUAAAGGCAAAGAUCCAGGACAAAGAAGGGAUCCCACCUGACCAGCAGAGGCUCAUCUUUGCCGGGAAGCAGCUUGAGGAUGGUCGGACCCUUGCAGAUUACAACAUCCAGAAGGAAUCCACCCUGCAUUUGGUACUUCGUCUUCGUGGGGGGAUGCAGAUCUUCGUUAAGACUCUGACUGGAAAGACUAUCACGCUUGAAGUUGAGAGCUCAGACACCAUUGACAAUGUCAAGGCAAAGAUUCAAGACAAGGAGGGAAUUCCACCGGACCAGCAGAGGCUCAUCUUUGCUGGAAAGCAGCUUGAGGAUGGCCGGACCCUUGCAGAUUACAAUAUUCAGAAGGAAUCAACGCUUCACCUUGUCCUCCGACUCCGUGGUGGAAUGCAGAUAUUCGUGAAGACUCUAACUGGGAAAACCAUCACCCUGGAGGUUGAGAGCUCGGAUACCAUUGACAAUGUGAAGGCGAAGAUUCAGGACAAAGAGGGUAUCCCACCAGAUCAGCAGAGGCUCAUUUUUGCCGGAAAGCAGCUCGAGGAUGGUCGCACCUUGGCUGAUUACAACAUACAGAAGGAGUCUACGCUGCACUUGGUGCUCAGGCUUCGCGGUGGAAUGCAGAUUUUUGUGAAGACCCUGACUGGGAAGACGAUCACCCUUGAGGUUGAGAGUUCAGACACCAUCGACAAUGUGAAGGCUAAGAUCCAAGACAAAGAGGGGAUCCCACCAGAUCAGCAGAGGCUCAUCUUUGCUGGGAAGCAGCUCGAAGAUGGUCGCACAUUGGCUGAUUAUAACAUUCAGAAGGAGUCCACCCUUCACCUUGUCCUUCGUCUGCGUGGUGGUUUCUGAGAUCUCUGCCUCAAGUUCCUACUAUGUUAUGCUUUUCUUUAGGUUCUCUCUUAAUAUGUCUGGACUUUAGCAAGUGAUAUGGCUAAAAUUAUGUUUUAUACUAUUCAGAGAUCAGAUCUCUGUUUGAUGUUGCUAUAUGCCUAUAUCCAAGUAAUUAUGCUAUUAAAGAUUCUAUUACCAUGAAA